GAAAUCACCACAGAGAUUGUUAUGUGAAAUAUUUGGACUUAAUCUACUCAGCAGCAGCUCGGAGGGACACUGAGGCUUUUGUGAGGUGUCUAAGUUGAGGGCUGAAGAAAAAGAAUUGAAGAGAAGACAAGGUUUGCAGCCAACUUCAAGUGUCACAGGGAUAUCACAUAACCAGACCUAGAACCUGACUCUAAACACAAUCCUUUCAAGGGAACCCCCGCCAACAUCAAAAAUGGGUCAAUAAUAUCCUCGCCCAACAUAAUGACCUUAGCAACAAUCCUCCCUGAUGAUCACAAGGGAGUAUGUCACUCUGUUUCUGGUGGGCUCUUGUUUCCUGCUGGACUACAGCUCCCAAAUCCAUGUGCAGGCUCAGCUCCAGAGAAGACCUAAAGGUGCAGUGAUGUCAACCAAGGGAGCAACUGGGACUAAGAGUGUGAGGAUGUCUGUGGAGGAAGUGUCAUCAUUCAAAGUCAGGACAGGGCUAAGGAGACAUGGGAUAUCGAGGGUGCAGCGUGUUAAAAGAGGAUGGGUGUGGAACCAGUUCUUUGUCCUGGAGGAGUACAUGGGGUCUGAACCACAAUAUGUCGGGAAGCUCCACACAGACAUGGACCAUGGAGACAGUGCAGUGAAGUACACUCUGUCAGGAGAAGGAGCUGGGUCCGUCUUCACCAUUGACCAAAUUACUGGGGAUAUACAUGCACUGGUGGGGCUUGACAGGGAGGAAAAGUCCUACUACACGCUGAAGGCCCAGGCUGUUGACAUCCACACAGGCCUCCCUCUGGAGCCAGAGUCCGAGUUCAUCAUCAAGGUGCAGGACAUAAAUGACAAUGAGCCACGAUUCCCAGAUGGACCCUACAGUGGCAGUGUCCCUGAGAUGUCCCCAACAGGAACCUAUGUGACACAGGUGACUGCCACAGAUGCAGAUGACCCCACAUAUGGCAACAGUGCACGCAUUGUUUACAGCAUCCUUCAUGGACAACCCUACUUCUCUGUGGACCCCAAGACAGGAGUGAUCAGGACAGCAUUGGCCAAUAUGGAUCGGGAGGUGAAAGAGGAGUAUCAGGUUCUUCUCCAGGCCAAAGACAUGGGAGGUCAGCUGGGGGGGCUUGCCUCCACCACCACCAUCAAUAUUACCCUCAGUGACGUGAACGACAACCCACCGCGCUUUGCUAAGAGUAUUUUCCAUCUUCGGGUGCCCGAGUCUGCAUCAGUUGGCUCAGCAGUGGGUCGGAUUCAGGCCCACGAUUUGGAUGCUGGUAGCAAUGCAGAGGUGGAUUAUGCCAUUGUUCCAGGCGAUGAGGGCAACAUGUUUGACAUCAUCUCUAAUGGCCACAGUCAAGAGGGAAUUGUAGUCUUAAAAAAGACUCUUGACUAUGAAACCAAAAAGUCAUACACUUUCAAGGUGCAGGCAUCCAACACACAGCUGGACCCCCAUUUCCUCCACCUGGGUCCCUUCAAGGACUCAGCAACAGUAAAGGUGAAUGUCCUUGACAUGGAGGAGCCUCCUGUCUUCACCAAGACCUCCUAUUAUAUGGAUAUGUAUGAGGACACUCCUCCAGGAACCAUCAUUGGCUCAGUGACAGCUCAUGACCUGGAUGCCAGCAGCAGCGCUGUCAGGUAUUCACUGGAAUGGCACACAGAGUCUGACAGCUGUUUUGACAUUGACACUGUUGAGGGAACCAUCUCCACUAAUGAAUACGUGGACAGAGAGACAGCUGUUCAGCACAAUAUUACUGUAGUAGCAACCAAAGUCAACAACCCUUUGCUGUCCAUCAAAGUGUCAGUGACAGUUAACAUCCUGGAUGUGAACGAGUUCCCUCCUGAGCUGGCUGUUCCCUCUGAUACCUUCGUCUGUGAAAACUCCAGAGUUGGACAGGUGAUCCAGAUGGUCAGUGCUGUUGACAAGGACCUUCCUCCUGUUGGCCAGAAGUUCUUCUUCAAGACACCCAAGGAACUCCGCAACAGAAACUUCACUGUUCGAGAUUUUGGAAACAACACUGCUGGCAUUGUGACUCGGCGGUCAGGCUUCCAACAGCGGCUGCAAGACAUCUAUGUCCUUCCUGUUGUAGUUGAAGACAGUGGUUACCCUGCUCAGAGCAGCACAGCCACCCUCACCAUCCGAGUGUGUUCCUGUGAGGCGGGAGGCUCCCUGCUGACCUGUUCAGCCGAGGCCAUCUUCCUGCCUGUGGGCCUCAGCACUGGAGCUUUGAUGGCCAUUCUCCUGUGUGUGGCUCUGCUGAUAGUUAUGGGAGCGUUAUACAUGAGCCAGAGGCGGCAAAAAGAGAAAGAGACUCUGAUGACAUCAAAAGAGGACAUUCGUGAUAAUGUCAUUCACUAUGAUGAUGAGGGCGGCGGCGAAGCAGACACUCAUGCCUUUGACAUGGGCACUCUGUGCAACACACAAUCACAGCACACCUGCACUCACACCAGCACCUCCAAGAAGGAGAAGAACGGCUAUGGUGAAGGGGUUCUGCUGCAUCUCACCAGUCGCUGUGAGGAUGUCAGGUCACCUGACAUCCAUCGUCAAACAGCCAGUGUUAUUGUUGCUGUUAACAACAAGGCACAGCUCUCUUCCCAUGGCAGAGUGACUGAGGGUGACGCUGAAAUGAUUAGGGAGUUCAUUGAACACCGGCUGGAGGAGAGCCAACAGGGUUAUGCCGCUCCGCCCUAUGAUUCUCUUGCAACUUAUGCCUAUGAGGGUGAUGGCUCUGUGGCUGGCUCACUCAGCUCGAUAGAGGAGUCAUGGACAAUUGACAAUUCAGAAGAUUUUAGCUCCCUUGGUGACUGGGGAAAGCCAUUCCAAACAUUGGCUAGUAUUCUGGACAGACAGCCACCUUCUAUGUCUAAGGAGAGCUGAGAGGAAGUUGAACAAUAGAGAUGCUGGGCAGCGAUUUGGCAACUAGCUUACUUUUUUAGACAUGUUUUUUUACUGUGCCAGGCACUGGCUAGAAUGCUAUGAGGACGUUAUGGAAAGUUGUCUAUGUGAGCUAGAGUUGUGGGCCAGUUAGCUAGAGAAAAGAGAAUCUAUCAAAAGGUGCGUGAAAAGGUAAAUUUGAUAUCUCUUCAAAGUGCCUGAGGUACUAUAU